CCUCACUACUCCUCACUGCAAUUAUCACCUCAAGCAUCAUUAGUCAUACAAAGCCUUCGUAGAGAUGGAAGCCCCCAAGAACUUUUUUGCCAAUUCUCAAUACUCUUUCAUCAUCUUUGGCAUUUUUCUUCUCUUUGCUUCUUCGGCAAUGACUUUGGCAGAUCCCAUUACUCACCAACACGAAUUUGUUAUUCAAGCAACACCAGUGAAGAGGCUGUGCAAAACCCAGAACGCCAUCACGGUGAAUGGGCAAUAUCCAGGUCCAACCUUGGAAGUGAAUAAUGGUGACACUGUGGUUGUCAAAGUCACUAACAAAGCUCAAUACAAUGUCACCAUUCACUGGCAUGGUAUUCGACAAAUGAGAACAGGAUGGGCAGAUGGACCAGAAUUUGUGACUCAGUGCCCAAUUCGGCCAGGAGGGAGUUACACAUAUCGUUUCACAAUUCAAGGACAAGAAGGGACAUUGUGGUGGCAUGCUCAUAGCUCAUGGCUUAGAGCCACUGUUUAUGGAGCUCUAAUCAUUCAUCCUAAAGAAGGAGCUUCAUACCCAUUCACUAAGCCAAAGCGUGAAACAGCUCUUCUUCUUGGUGAAUGGUGGAAUGCAAAUCCCAUCGAUGUUGUGAGAGAGGCAACUAGAACAGGAGCUGCUCCAAACGUGUCAGAUGCAUACACCAUCAAUGGUCAACCUGGUGAUCUUUACAAUUGCUCCAGCAAAGACACUUUGAUUGUUCCAAUAGACUCCGGCGAGACCAACCUCAUCCGAGUUAUCAAUGCCGGCUUGAACCAACCGCUAUUCUUGACAAUUGCAAACCACAAGCUCACAGUUGUUGGAGCUGAUGCCUCCUACACCAAACCAUUCACCACCACAGUACUCAUGCUAGGACCUGGCCAAACCACUGAUGUUUUGAUCAAUGGUGACCAAGCUCCAGCUAGAUACUACAUAGCAGCACGAGCUUAUGCUAGUGCCCCAAAUGCACCAUUUGACAACACCACCACCACAGCCAUUCUUGAAUAUAAGUCUGCCCCUUGUGCUGCCACAAAUUGUGCAGCAAGCAAACCAAUUAUGCCUCCUCUACCGGCUUUCAAUGACACACCAACUGUCACUGCAUUUUCUAACAGUUUCAGAAGUCCUAGGAAAGUGGAAGUGCCAACUGAACUUGAUGAGAGCCUCUUCUUCACAAUUGGCCUUGGACUCAACAAAUGCCCACAACAUUUGAAAGCCAGGAGGUGUCAAGGACCUAAUGGAACACGCUUUACUGCCAGCAUGAACAAUGUGUCUUUUGCGCUCCCAAACAAUAUUUCUAUUUUGCAGGCAUAUCAACAAGGCAUACCAGGAAUUUUUACCACUGAUUUCCCAGCAAACCCACCAUUGCAGUUUGAUUAUACCGGCAAUGUUAGCCGCUCACUUUGGCAACCUGUUCCUGGGACAAAAGGGUACAAGUUGAAGUUCGGGUCAAGAGUGCAGAUUGUGUUACAAGACACAAGUAUCUUCACCCCUGAGAACCACCCAAUUCAUCUUCACGGAUACGAUUUCUACAUCAUUGCAGAGGGUUUUGGAAAUUUCAAUUCUAAGACUGAUACCUCAAAAUUUAACCUUGUUGAUCCACCUCUUAGGAACACAGUGGCAGUACCUGUGAAUGGAUGGGCAGUCAUUAGAUUUGUUGCUGACAAUCCAGGUGCCUGGCUAAUGCAUUGUCACUUGGAUGUUCAUAUCACCUGGGGCUUGGCCAUGGUGUUCUUUGUAGACAAUGGACUUGGGGAAUUGCAGACCAUACAGCCUCCUCCAUUAGAUCUUCCACUUUGUUAGGAUAAUCAACACAAAUACAUACCAACAAAUUCACAAACCCAGUAACUGGGGUUACUAUUUUUCUACUAUUACUAUACAAUUUCUCUGUUUGUUUCCCUGCAUUUGGGGACCCAGUUCUUGUUAUGUUUCAUUGUUCUUUUUGAUAGAUAAAGAGGGUUUAGAUAGGAGAUGGUAAAGUAAUUGCAAUACUAUGUACCAUCUAUUUAUCCGUAGACCCUACAUAUUUCUGGAUUUAGUUGUAUUUUUUUCUAUAUCUAUUGUUAAAGAAUGAAUUAAAAAGUUUUGAAUA